AUGUCAACUGGUGAAAUGUCAUCGGAGUACAAAGACAAGCAAUGCGGAGGAGCUGGUCAACCUCUAACAAAAGCUGAAAAUCCUGAUGGAAGGAAGAUGCUUCCAAACGGAAUGAACCGCGUCCAUAAAGUGCUGACCGACGAGGAGCUGGCAAAAGGAAUGUCAACGCGGUGGACCGAACUCGAAAUCCACGGCAAAGUGAAAAAUUUGUCUCCGUCGUUGUGGCAAUUGACGCAUUUGUCAGCUCUAUUUUUGAACAACAAUCAAUUGCAACGACUGCCGCCAGAGAUCUCACAGCUGUCAAAUUUGACGAUGCUUGAUAUUUCGAACAACAAGCUCCGAUCAUUACCAACAGAACUGGGAGAUAUGAUCACUCUGUGCCACCUGUACUUGAAUAACAAUCAGCUGCGUGUUCUACCGUAUGAACUUGGAAAGCUGUUUCGAAUUCAGACACUUGGCCUGAAUGGAAAUCCAUUAUCUCCCGAGAUCAGCAAAAUCUAUCAUGAGACUAAUGGGGCUCAGAAAAUUUUGCAGUUCCUGUUGGAUCAUCUGACAAGUAAGUUUUCGUUUUUAAACGGUGCUUUGAAAUAUUCAAUUGGCUCUCCUCUCGAAUCUUAUCGAAAGACCGAUCAAACUUCGAGAUACUUCAAUCUUGUUCUAAUGACUGAUCAAGUAGUUUUAUUUUAUCCCUACAGAAUGACGUAA